CAAGCUCAUGGUGGCAGAUUGCUUCACUUUGCAAAUUUCGACUUAUGGAAGACGCCCUCAAAGCGUUCUGACAGAGACCUGAAGGUGGGCGUACGCUAAGGUGCAGCAAUGGCUACCGGUUGGGGCGAUGUGCAACCGCAGGAGCCAGCUAAUGGUCCUCAGUCUCCGAUGCAGCAGGGCGGCUACCGGCCUUCUCAGUAUGUCCCGCCCCACCUGAGGAACAGACCUGCUGGCAGCCCAGAUUCACAAGCUUAUGAUCAAGCAAGACCGAACGGCAGCCCUGCUUACAGCGGAGGUGGUCGUGGGUACAGCGGUCAAGGCGGCGGCUAUGGGGGAGGGGGUGGGGGUUGGAGUUCAGGGGGUGGAGGUCGGUAUGGAGGAGGAGGAAGACAGUCGCCUGGAGGCGGUGGGGGUGGCUGGAACAACAGGCCUAGGGAGAACGAUCCAUUUGCACAGUCCGAAGCUGAAGCAAAGCAUGACGAGGCCAUCUUUACCGCAGAGAACACAGGGAUCAACUUUGACGCAUAUGAGGAUAUUCCAGUGGAAACAAGCGGGGAGAAUGUGCCGGAGGAGAUCAAAUCUUUUGCAGAGAUCGAUCUGGGGGCUGCGGUGAAUGCCAACAUCGUGCGGUGCAAGUACACGAAGCCCACGCCUGUCCAACGCCAUGCCAUUCCCAUUGCCUUGGCUGGCCGAGAUCUGAUGGCCUGUGCUCAGACUGGAUCAGGAAAGACUGCCGCUUUCUGCUUCCCCAUCAUCGCCUCCAUCCUCAGAUCUCCUCCUCCUCCUGGCCGACCACGGGGAGGUCGGAAGGCGUUUCCGUUGGCCCUCAUCCUUUCACCAACACGGGAGCUCACCAGCCAGAUCCAUGAUGAGGCAAGAAAAUUUGCUUUCCAGACAGGACUGAGAGUGGUGGUCAUUUAUGGGGGUGCUCCUGUUGUCAACCAGCUGCGUGAGCUUGAGCGUGGGUGCGACAUCCUGGUGGCCACUCCGGGCCGGCUGAGCGACCUGAUUGAGCGCGCGCGUGUGUCGCUGAGCUACGUGCGCUACCUGGCCCUGGACGAGGCGGACCGCAUGCUGGACAUGGGCUUUGAGCCGCAGAUCCGGCGCAUUGUGGAGCAGGAGGACAUGCCGCGCACCGGCGACCGCCAGACCAUGCUCUUCAGUGCCACCUUCCCCAAGGAGAUCCAGAGGUUGGCUGCGGACUUCCUGCACAACUACAUCUUCCUGGCGGUCGGCCGCGUCGGCUCCAGCACGGACCUCAUUGUGCAGCACGUGCUCUUUGUUCCCAUGAACGACAAGCGCAGCCACCUCAUGGACCUCCUGCACUCCGUCGAGGGGCUGACCCUGGUGUUUGUGGAGACCAAGCGCGGCGCAGACGCCCUGGAGGACUGGCUCACGCGCAUGGGCUUCCCUGCCACCACCAUCCACGGGGACCGCAGCCAGCAGGAGCGUGAGGCAGCGCUGCGGUCGUUCCGGUCGGGGCGCACGCCCAUCCUGGUGGCAACAGACGUGGCAGCGCGCGGGCUGGACAUCCCGCACGUGGCGCACGUGGUCAACUUUGACCUGCCUUCCGACAUCGAUGAUUACGUGCACCGCAUCGGGCGCACGGGGCGUGCGGGCAAGUCGGGGCUGGCCACCGCCUUCUUCAACGAGAAGGAUGCCAACCUGGCCAAGCCGCUGACGGAGCUGAUGCAGGAGGCCAACCAGGAGGUGCCCAGCUGGCUGCAGCAGUACGCCAGCCGAGCGAGCUAUGGGGGGGGCGGCCGCUCCAAGAGGUCCGGCGGGAACAGAUUCGGGGGACGUGAUUUCCGACGGGAUGGCGGCGGUCGAGGAGGGGGCGGCUAUGGCGGCAGUGGCGGCGGCUAUGGCGGAGGGGGUGGCGGCAACUAUGGCGGAGGAGGCGGCGGGUACGGCGGGGGUGGUGGCUAUGGAGGGAGCAGCGGGGGCUUCAACGGUGGGGGGAGUGCAUGGGAUUAAGAGCGCGAGUGAGGGGUGUUAACCAGAUGUGCGACGAUGCAUUGUUUUCGAGCAGAGAGUGUUACUGGCAGGUGGGGGCUUGGGCAGGGGAUGUCCAUUGACCGGAAAUUGUUUUGUCCUCUUGAUUCCUUGCUGCGUCCGCGGGCUGUACAGAUAGUCGCAUGUGGAGUCGACGCACUCUGGCUGGACUUUUAGUUUUCGAGGUACACAUAGUAGGUAGGUACUUGGAGCAAGGGGCAGGUCGCAGGAUCUGCGCACAUCCUCCCACUACCAAUCUUUGAGGGGCGACAUAGCAGAUUGUAGAGAGCCUUCUCUAGUGCUGCCCGCAUCAUACAGAGGUGACUCGCAGCUUCCACGUAUACUGCUCUUGUUGGGCGCAAUUGGUCCAAUUGGGAGAUAAACAGGGCAACGCAUCAUUUUGGUGGCGAGUUCGAACACUGACGCCAUCGGAAUGACCAGGCUGUGAACACUCGGAUAUUGAGCGGCACUAAAGCAACGUGAUAUUGUGCUGCCGAAUUUCUGCUAGCGAAGCCGGCUGACCCGAAUAGUACGGCAUAUGAUCAC